AUGGCCCCGAUGGCAAAUCCGGCUCCGCCUGUGGAGAAAAUGGAAGUUGAUGAACCGGCAAAAGCGGAAGAGAAAGAAACACCCAAAGAUCUGAACGCAAUUGCCGUUGAAAGUGGGUUUUGUCAUGGUAUUACUCUCAACACUAAUCUUUUGCUAUUUGUUUUACUCUGGAAAUCUGUUGCUAUAGACAUCAAAGAACACUGUGCUCUACUGGACAAGGGGGAUGUUCAUUUUGUGGGACGCGUACUACAAGUGGUGCAUAAAACAAGAAAGCAAUGUAAUGCUGAGGUUUUGCACCGCCUGCUUUCGAGCCAAUUGACUUCACCAUCACUGCAUAAGGAUGCCCUCCUAGCAUGGGUGCCGUCUCCUCGACCAACUCGCAAAACGGCAUCUCCUUCUGCCGAAUCAGAACUUUAUAUUCACCUUCUUGUUCUUCUUUAUCUUGUGGAUGGAAAUAGGUUAGACGAUGCAAAGAAGUGUGCAGAGAUGUUGAUUGCUCGUGCUGACGCACUUGAUAAACGAUCUCUUGAUCCUAUGGUGGCAAAGGCUAUUUUCUAUCUUGCUCUAAUCUACGAGCGGCAGCACAAGCUACAUGAACUUGGCUGCUUCCUCAACUCUCGGUUGCGUACAGCAACCCUUCGUCAUCAACGAGAAUCACAAGCAGUGCUCAUAUACACCCUUCUUCGUUGUUACCUCAUCAAUAAGCAGUUCCAAUCUGCAGCGAAACUUGUUUCAAAGGUUACGUUCCCAGAAGGAGCUAGCAACAAUGAUCUCGCUCGGUUUUUGUACUACCAAGGCCGCAUAAAAGCUCUGCAGCUUGAUUACACUGCUGCAGCAGGGUACUUUUUGCAGGCAAUGCGCAAGGCACCACAGGAGGCCGCUAUUGGUUUUAAACAGAAUGUGCAGAAAUGGGUCAUUGUCAUUGGUUUGCUUCAGUUCGAAAAAGACGAAACGCUUACAUUGAUCGUUCGUCUUCGGCAAAAUGUCAUCAAAACUGCAGUCAAACAAAUAUCGCUGGCUUAUUCUCGAAUCACGAUCAAGGACAUAGCAAAGAAAUUGUGCAUGAGCAAUGAGGUUGAGACAGAGUAUAUGGUAGCGAAAGCUAUAGCGGAUGGUGCAAUUGAUGCAGUGAUUACAUGUGAUACAAAAGAUGGUGCUAGGUUCAUGAGGAGUUCCGAAACAGUUAAUGUUUACACUACAACUGAGCCACAAUUGCAUUUUGACAGUAGGAUUAGGUAUUGCUUAGAGCUGCAUAAUCAAGCCGUGAAAGCGCUCCGAUUUCCACCGAAAAACAAGUGUGAUGAGUUGGAGUUUGCGAAAGAGAUGGCUGAUGAAGACGACGAGGAUUUCUAA